AUGAUCCCAGCGUUGAUCAUAGGCGUUCUCGCCUCAGCGACUCAGGCGAUUCUCGUCAACGGACCAACUGGACCUUACGCGGUUUCCAUGUCGGUGGAAGCCCUGACCGAUGACAGCAGGCUUGACCCUUACGCCCCAGUCAAUAACACGCACUCACGACGAGUUAUGACUUCGACUUUCAUGCCCGUUGAGAAGGCAAAAAACUCCUGUGAGGGCAUGGAAAGAGUGCCAUACAUGACGCCCCUCGUGGCCGCGGCCUACGAUCAGCUGGGCGUCGCUGUCGGCCUACCCAACGGCACCUUCUCUUCAUUCGAGAUGGAGUUUUGCCAGCCUAGAGCACGUUCAUGCAGGCGUCCUCCUUCGAACUUUCCGCUGGUGCUAUUCUCCCCUGGCUGGGGCAACCCACGCCUCCUCUACGGCGCGAUGGCUCGCGAGGUGGCCAGUUAUGGCUUUGCUGUCGUUACGAUCGACCACCCUUACGACCCUUCUUUUGUUGAGUUUCCUGAUGGAACCGUGUAUCAGGCUGUGAGUCUCGACACCGACAAUACUACACAGUUGGAAUCUCUCACCCAGGUUCGAGCUGACGAUGUCUCCUUUGUGCUCUCACAUCUUCAAAAGAACCCCAUUAAUGGCGUCAACCUCAAGCGCACGAUUAUGUUUGGCCACUCUUUGGGGGGCGCUACGGCGGCGGCUGCAAUGUUGCAAGAUUCGCGCAUCUUAGGUGGCAUCAAUUUGGACGGCAAGCUUCUCGAUCCCGUACUCAACGCAGGUCUCAGUCGGCCCUUUACUCUCGUUGGCCGGCCGGGACACUCGACCGAUGAUCCGACCUGGGACGUCUUCUUUCCCGCUCUGCGAGGCUCAAAAGCUCUCCUGACUGUCAGCAACACCACGCACGGGGCGUUCACAGAUUUCCCCAACCUCAUUUCUUCACUGAACCUUACUUUGCCUGAAGAAGCACGCUCUUUGUUAGAGAGCGAACUUGGGACUCUCGAGUUUGGCAGGAUUGGAAAGGUCGUUGCUGGAAUCGUUGGGGCUUUUGCUGAUUUGGUGUUGCAUAAGCGGGUUAAGUCUGUCUUCACUAAGGCGGGUGAUCCUGCUUUUCCGGAGGUUGUGGGAACCAGCAUCAACGUCUAA